UUUAGUUUUGGAUAAAUUAGUUUAGUCUGCGCAUUUAAGAGACAACUUUUUCUCUAAUAGAAAAAAAGUUUUACAUGCAAACUGAAAUUUUCUUGAAAAUUAACUGGGCAAGAGUCCUAACAAGUAUCGGAUGGUAUGAAAAAAAAAUUAUAGUCUGAAACUUAAUAAAAAAAAACUUAACACAAACAGAAAACCCAAAAAUGCUAAAAUUACGUCAUAACUUUAGUUCCGCCAAAUCCGGUAAUAGGAAUGCUCAAAUAUAAAAUAGAAAUAUUAAAUGAUUUUUGUAUUUCGAUAUAUGCGCCAACUCUUAAACGACUGUAAAACUACCUUGCGGUUAUCUAAUUAAAUCCACCAAAUCCGAUAAUAAAAACAGCUCAAUUAAUAGAUUUAAAAAUCAUCUGAUUUUUGCAUUAUGAUAUGUGCGCCAACUGUACUCUAAAACCACUAAAACUUGGCCAUGCUUUCUCUCAUUCAAAUCGAUUAUACAACAAGGAACUGCAAACUAAAAUACAGCAAAGAACUACAAGUAAGUUUCAUCUCUAUCGUUUACAAGUUUACUUAUUUUAAUCAUCCAUUUAAAAAAUUAAUCUUAAUUCGGAACUAAUAAAGUUAUUAUGCUUUUGACACAAGAAUAAACAUUAAGAUUAUAUUUUAGAAAUGAGCAGCCAAAAUACAGAAGGCGACGAAGAAGUUUCAGAAUUUUUUAGAAAUGUUCAAGAGAUAAGUGAAAAAGAAUUAUCCUCAUCGGAAGUAAUGGACAAACUAAAAACCUUGGAAGAUUCAGUUGGUCUUAUAUUACAACAACUUAAAAAAUUAGAAAAAUCAAACGAAGCACCAACAGGAUCAAUAUCAACACCCCUGGCAAAUAUUUCAGAAGCACCAACGGGAUCUGCAUCAAAAGCACCAUUGGCAGUUGUGUCAGCAGCACCCCUGGCAAAUAUUUCAGAAGCACCAACAGGAUCUGCAUCAAAAGCACCAUUGGCAGUUGUGUCAGCACCCCUUGCAGUUAUUUCAGAAGCACCAUUGGCAUCAGUGUCAGGUAACAUGUUUUCACACUUAUGCAUUUAUAUGGGUGUUAUGUGUAUUUAA